UCACCAAACCAAACCCAAUUCAUUCGCGUCUCUCCUCCCUGCUCUGCUCCCGUGCGUGUUUCUUGGGACUACGACCUGCUGGCCCUGGGCUGGUCUCCACUGCUCCCCGAGCAGAGCGGCGAGGCCGCGAGGAGAACCGGGGCAGGGAGGAGGCGUGAAAUGUAAGCAAGGGACACGCUGAGCUGAAGCCGCAGAGAAGCUGUCGUCCCAAGGAGAGAGGAAGCUAGCGAGCGAGGAGAGGGCCGCGUUGCCGUUUCCGCCAUGAAGUUCAUGAAGCUCGGCUCCAAGCCGGACGCCUUCCAGACCGACGGCAGCGACGCCAGAUAUGUGCUGUCUGACCUUCCGUCAGAUAUCGUCAUCCAUGUCGACGGUGCAAGGUUUUAUCUGCACAAGUUCCCUCUUCUUUCCAAGAGUAGCUUGUUACAGAGGUUGAUAAUUGAGGCCAGUCAGAAUGGCACUGAUGAAGUUGUCAUACAAGACAUUCCUGGGGGAGUGAAAACCUUCGAAAUCUGCGCAAAGUUCUGCUAUGGCAUGGUGGUGACCCUCAACGCAUACAAUGUUGUUGCCGCAAGGUGUGCAGCAGAGUACCUAGGGAUGACCGAGGAUGUUGAGAAGAGCAAUCUGAUAUUUAAGAUGGAGGUGUUCCUGAAUUCCGGCAUCUUCAGAAGCUGGAAGGACUCAAUCAUAGCGCUCCAGACCACUGAUGCACUGUUACCUUGGUCAGAGGAGCUGAAGUUGGUUGGAAGAUGCAUAGAUUCCAUUGCUACCAAAGCUACUGUUAACCCGUCGAAUGUAAUGUGGUCAUACACCUACAACAGGAAAUCUGCAUCCUCCGAUGAGAUAGUUGAAGCUCGCAAAAGCUCACAGGCAGUUCCCAAGGACUGGUGGGUUGAAGAUCUGUGCGAACUUGAUGUAGACCUUUACAGGCGUGUCAUGGUUGCAGUGAAGUCAAGGGGGAGGGUCCCCUCCGAUGUUGUUGGAGAAGCACUCAAGGCAUAUGCUGCUAGAUGGCUUCCUGAAUGUUGCGACACGUUGGUGGAUGAUGUCUACUCUGAAUCAUAUAAGCAUCUGCUUGAAACCAUCGUUUGGCUAUUGCCCUCCGAUAAGGGAUCUUCAGGGAUUUCAUGCCGUUUCUUCCUGAAGCUGCUGAAAGCCACUGUCCUGAUUGGAGCUGGAGAGCUCCUGAAGGAAGAACUCAUGGACAGGAUUGUCUUGCAGCUCCACAAGGCUUCAGUCCAUGAUCUUCUGAUUCCUUCCAAGCCACCGGCGCAGACAAUUUACGAUAUUCAGCUGGUUCAGACACUCAUCGGUAGGUACAUGAGGCAUGCCGGAGUAGCUGAAGAUGGGAUUUUUCUCAACAACCUUGACCAGGAGAUGUUUGAGACAAAUGUGGACAAUGAGUCUUUGGUAGCACUAUGCAAGCUGGUCGACAGGUACCUAGCUGAAGUUGCCUCUGAUCCAAAUCUGUCAGUUUCAAGCUUCGUGGAUUUGGCGACUUCCAUGCCUGAGUCUGCCAGAACAACACACGAUGGAUUAUACACCGCUAUUGACAUAUUUCUGAAGCUGCAUCCCGGCCUACCCAAGACGGAGAAGAGGAAGAUCUGCAGCCUGAUGGACGUGAAGAAGCUCUCCAAGGGGGCAUGCAUCCACGCGGCGCAGAACGACCGUCUCCCGCUCCGCGUGGUGGUCCAGGUCCUCUUCUUCGAGCAGCUCCGUGCCGCGGGAGCCGCCUCGGCCGCUCCAGGGCCCAACGGCAGCAUGGCGCGGUGCAUGGCGCGCCUGGCGGAGGAAGAGGAGGACGACGACUGGAAGGACGGGCGCGCGCAGCAGGAGCCCCCGACACCCGGCGCGCUGAAGAAGCAGCUGGGGAGCCUGAAGCUGGCGGCGGCCGACCAUGGCGCGGGCGACGACGGCCGGCGCCUGGUGGCGCGGAGCAGCAGCGUGGCCAACCAGAGCAGCCGGCUGUCGUUGUCGUCACGGUCGCGGAGGAUCUUCGACAAGCUGUGGGUCGGCGGCGCGAAGCUCCCCGGGGAGGGCCCCGCCGGCGGCAAGGGGUCGUCGGACACGUCCGGGAGCUCGCAGAGCCCGCGGUCGUCGGCCAAGCCGCUCGAGUCCAAGUCGUCCAGCUCGUCGUCGAGGAACCGGCGGUACUCGGUCUCGUAGGCCGGCCGGCCGGCCGGCCGGCGGCCGGCGGAGGCUGUACAGAGGAAGGAUGAGGAGCCUGGUCCAAAUCAAACGCAAAGGAUCAUGAACUGCUGCUAACUUUCAGAGACCGUGUUGAUCCGUGCUGUAGUGUGGCACGCAGCUAGAAAUCCUUGUUCAGUCCCACGUUUCCAACUGCUCUGAUCUUGGGACGAUCCCUGCUUCCUGUUACAGACUUGGCGAUCCGGGGCGGUCUUUUUGGUGGCUCUGAUCUGUUCGGCGGCUGUCGCUCUUGUCAUGAAGCUAGCGAUCAGACCAAGCCGUGUACUAAACUUCAAGAUUGGUUGAGUAUGAACCUU